AUGUCGUCGGAUGCUAAGGCCCCGGUGGGCACGCCUGUCAUUGACGGCACCAAGGACUACAAGCCUCUGCGAGGCAAGGGCUACGACCUGAAGAAGCCGCACAUCACAGAGACCCCAAUCACUUGGGGCAAUUGGUACAAGCACGUCAACUGGUUGAACGUCACCUUCAUUAUCGGCGUCCCCCUGGCCGGCUGCAUCGCUGCUUACUGGACUCCUCUUCACCUCUACACUGCCAUCUUUUCCGUGGUGUACUACUUCAACACCGGUCUCGGUAUCACGGCUGGUUACCAUCGUCUCUGGGCACACACUUCCUACAAGGCUUCUACCCCCCUCAAGAUCUACCUCGCUGCCGUCGGUGCUGGUGCUGUGGAGGGUUCUAUCAGAUGGUGGUCUCGGGACCACCGUGCUCACCACCGAUACACCGAUACCGAGAAGGAUCCCUACUCCGUUCGCAAGGGCCUCCUGUACUCUCACCUGGGAUGGAUGGUCAUGAAGCAGAACCCCAAGCGUAUUGGCCGUACCGACAUUACUGAUCUCAACGAUGACCCUGUUGUUGUCUUCCAGCACACUCACUUUAUCAAGUGUGUCAUCGCCAUGGGUCUUGUGUUCCCAAUGCUGGUCUGCGGUCUUGGCUGGAAUGACUGGGCUGGCGGUUUCAUCUACGCCGGUAUCCUCCGUAUCUUCUUCGUCCAGCAGGCCACUUUCUGCGUCAACUCUCUGGCUCACUGGCUCGGUGACCAGCCUUUCGACGACCGCAACUCGCCCCGUGACCACGUCAUUACUGCAUUGGUUACUUUGGGUGAGGGUUACCACAACUUCCAUCACGAGUUUCCCUCCGACUACCGCAACGCCAUUGAGUGGUGGCAGUACGACCCCACCAAGUGGUCCAUCUGGACCUGGAAGAAGCUCGGCCUCGCCUACGACCUCAAGCAGUUCCGCUCCAACGAGAUCGAGAAGGGCCGUGUUCAGCAGCUGCAGAAGAAGCUUGACCAAAAGCGUGCUAUUCUCGACUGGGGUACUCCUUUGGACCAGUUGCCCGUCAUUCACUGGGACGACUUCGUCGCCGAGUCCAAGAACGGCAAGGCUCUUGUUGCCAUUGCUGGUGUCAUUCACGACGUAACCGACUUCAUCAAGGACCACCCCGGUGGCAAGGCUCUCAUUUCCUCCGCCAUUGGCAAGGACGCUACUGCCAUCUUCAACGGUGGUGUCUACUUGCACUCUAACGCUGCUCACAACUUGUUGUCGACCAUGCGUGUAGGUGUUCUCCGUGGUGGAUGCGAGGUCGAAAUCUGGAAGCGAGCACAGUCCGAGAACAAGGACACCAUUGUUGUCAACGAUUCGACUGGGCAGCGCAUUGUCCGAGCUGGCGACCAAGUCACUCGCCUUACACAGCCCAUCUCGAGCGCAGAGGCUGCAUGA